CAAAGAUUUAUCUUACUCCAUUAAUUUCAAAGAAAAAACUCCCCUUCUGCCCUCCCCCCUUCUCUCUCUCUCUCUAGAGAAUCUUAUAGAGAACAGAGCUUCUGAGCCUCUGCCAUCAAAAGGGUCUCUUUGACUCAGUCCAUCGAUCCAGGGGAUGAGAGCUUCCUGGGCUCUGAGAUGAGAAGGGCAUUGUUUUUGUUUACAUAUCAAUAACAAUCAUGGGCUCUUGCUCCUCAGUUCACAAGAGUAAGAAGCCACAAAUGACGGCUUCAUCACCUCACAAGGAGAAGCCGCUCAACGGGGAGAGCGCUGUUAAAGUUGUGGGCUCCCACCUCAGUAUGCGAAGCUCCUUUGCAGGAAGCAAGGAUGAAACAUUCUUUGACUCACGAGCAUGGUUAGACUCAGAUUGUGAAGAUGAUUUCUUCAGUGUGAAUGGAGAUUUCACUCCUUCACGAGGCAGCACUUCAUACAGCUCACCGACCACUCUUUCAGGAGCAAACUCCGACAAAUUCACAGACUCCAACAGCGAACCAUCUCCAACUGGUCGAAAGAAACUCAGUGACCUCUUCCAAGAAACCCCAAAACCAAAUGCUUCCAACGAGAAACCAGAAGCCGGAAGAGAAGGGGAGUUUUCGAACCAAACAAAGCCUGAGCAACCUCUUGAUAGAGCUAACCCAGUGAGAAACAACGAGUUGGCUACUCCGAGUAGAGAUGACAGGAAGAAGGGAGGAGAGAAGUCUGCACAAUGUUGCUUGCCGAGCUUUGGCCAGAGCUUCAGCUUGGGUGAGAGGAGGCAGAAGAGCCCAGUUCAGUGCAGCGCCUAGCUAUUAUAGGGGCACAAAAGGUUGUGUUGUCUAAUGCCUACGAACCAGAAACGAAACGGUUUGAUGAGAGUAAAAAGAUACUAUCCUCUUGUUAGGGAGAUUAUAAAUGUAAAGAGUGAACAGAGGAAGCUUAUAGUUGUGUAAUUGUGCCUCGGAGUUUUAUGGUAGGCACAUUUGGUUGCCGCUUCAGUAAAUUUCCUGCGUGCUUAUAGUUGAACCA